AUGCUCACCGCCUUUCAUGCUCGCUCUAUUCGAGAGCUAGGUCCGAAGGAUAGGUCGCGUCAGGAGUGCAUUCUAGCCUAUGGCGAGAAGCUACUUGUCGGCUUAAACAAUGGCACGUUACGUAUCUACCGAGUCUCAAACCCUACAACUCCGACGGAGGCAAUCGACAUUGAAUGUCUGCGUGAGGUUGAGGGGUUUACAAAACGUCCGAUAAACCAGAUGGGGUGUAUCAAAGAGUCUUCGAUCUUAGUAAUACUGGCCGAUAGCUAUGUAUCUACCUACGAUAUGGCGACCUAUGAGAAGCUGGAAACCUUGUCGAAAACCCGAGGCGCUACGUUGUUCGCGCUGACAAGUGGCGUGGAAAGGGAUAUUUCUGGUGUUCCGUCAGUUGUCUCGAGGUUGGCGGUAGUGGUGAAGCGAAAGCUGCUGCUGUACUUAUGGAAAGAUGGGGAGUUUCAUGACUCGAAUGAGAUUACGUUGCCAUCACAGCCUAGAAGUCUAACUUGGGCCGCUGAAGGGAAAAUAUGCGCCGGGUUAUCGAGUAGUUUUGCUAUGGUGGACGUGAAUACCGAGGUCGUUGAAGAUAUUCCUAUGGCUGGCGGUGGAGGAGGUGCUGGAGGGUAUCUCAGCUGGUCGACCCGCAAUCCAUUGGCCACAAGAUUAGGCGACGACGAACUACUGCUCGUCAGAGACUCAACUUCAAUGUACAUAUCCGCCAGAGGCGACCCUCUUGAAUCAAAACAAAUACCCUGGAGCCAUGCCCCCGAUCAGCUGGGAUACUCCUAUCCUUUCCUUGUAUCUUUACAUCCCCAUCACACUUUGCAGAUACGGAAUCCCGACACCCAGAACCUCAUGCAGACUAUCACACUACCUGGUGCAACUCUCCUUCACACACCCCAGCAUAAUCAUGCUCUGUCUCAUGCCGGAAAACAAUUUUAUCUGGCAUCUCCGACUCAGAUAUGGAAAAUGGUAUUGGUGGACUAUGGGACUCAGAUUAAGGAAUUGACAGCAAAGGGUGAAUAUGACGAAGCAAUUAGUAUCUUGGAGCAGAUUGAGCAGGCACUGUUUGUAGAAAAAGAGGAGCGGAUUAAGGAAAUCCAAAUGCUGAAGGCAGAGAAGUUAUUCUCUAUGGGAAAAUUCCGGGAUUCGAUGGACCUCUUCGCCAAGGUAGCUGCUCCGCCAGCCAGAGUUAUCAGACUAUACCCUCCGGCAGUUGCUGGUGAAAUUUCCAACCAAAUUGUGGAGGAAGUAGAUGAAGAGCCACCCCAAGGCAAAAUCAUACAAUCCGAAGAGAACGGAUCGCCGGUGGAGGAAACCAAACAGAACGGCGAGGGCGAGGACAAAACAUCCCCGACGGAGGAACAAGUACCUGGUACCCCAGCGAAAGAGAAUGGGGAUCAUCCAUCUACUCCAGAUGUAGCAGCACCAAGGUCAUCGUAUUUCAGUAUCCCUGCCAGAUUGAAGCUCUCGUCUACUACAGCAGCAGACGAUACGGCAUCCAUCAAAUCUGGAAGAUCAGGCAAGGGAGACUCCGAGGCUGUAGCCCCUCCCUCUGCAGCUCCCACGCCCCCACCAGCAGCGCAAUCAAUACUACCCCCGCCUCCAAAUAAACUUGAGGGUAAGGUACUUAAACUUGCCGUCCAAGGCUUGGUCUCAUAUCUUGUUGAAAUGCGCCGCAAACUUCUCAAAUAUGUGAAACCAGAUAUGGAAUCGGAUGCCCUUGGCGAGCCAGCUGUUGAGCCGGGCCCCGAAACCGUCCCUACGUUCGGCGAUGCCUCAUCCAAAACCGCUGCUAUCGAUUUUAGUGAGGUGGCAGCCUUACUCCCUCCAUCUCGGCAUGGCGGCGAGAUGACUGUUAAAGAGCAACUUGAAAAUCUUAGAGAAAUGGCCAAAUUGAUCGAUACUACUCUAUUAAGGUCGUAUAUGUUUACGAAUUCGAGCUUAGUAGGACCGUUGGUCCGAGUUGAAAACUUUUGCGACCCUGAAGUAGUACAUGAGAAACUGGUCGAAACAGGACGGUUUAAGGAACUUGUGGAUUACUUAGCGAACAAGAAAUUGCACGACAAAGCGCUGGUCCUGCUGAAGAGUUUUGGCGACCGAGAAGAACCAGAUGACAGGGAGCCAGACCUACAUGGACCACAGGCCACAGUCACAUACCUGCAGAAGCUGCAUGCUGACCAGCUUCCUCUGAUAUUCGAAUACUCUACAUGGGUUUUACACAAAGACCCGAAGCUCGGUAUGGAGGUAUUUGUAGAUGAUACCCCACAGGUGGAAUCUCUACCUAGGGAUAAAGUCUUGGAUUUCUUAAAGUCUAUAGAUGUAAAACUCGGUGUUGAAUAUGCAGAACAUUUAGUUCAUGAGCUUAAGGAUGAUUCGCCAGACUACCAUAACUGGUUAAUAGAAGGCUAUCUUAUGAUGAUGAAGGAACAGAAGGAGCCAGAAGAAGAUGGCUGGCAUUGGAAGCUCGGCAGCCAAGAAAGAGAGGAGUACGGACAAAAGGUGUUGAAGUUCACAGAAGACAGCCAUCAAUAUUGGCCAGAGAAGGUCAUACGAUGGUUACCCAAAGAUGAUCCGACAUUCUAUGAAAUCAGGGCUUCAAUCCUAAGCAGACUUGGCGAGCACCGACAGGCACUCGAAAUAUUCGUAUUCAGGAUGCAGGACUUUAGCAAAGCGGAAGCAUAUUGCAACCGAAUACACCAACUCUCUCCACCUCCCUCUGAUCCCGCUGAAACCUCCACGGAGACUGUUUACUCAAUUCUCCUCUCUCUCUAUCUCAGUCCACCACCAAACUAUGAAGUUCAAAUGCCACCGGCGCUUGAUCUAUUAUCCCGCCAUGGCGCCCGCGUGGACCCGUUAGAGUCAUUAAGACUCAUACCAGAAUCAAUCAAAGUAGCAGAUCUAGGGAAUUACUUUGAGAACCGCAUUAGGCACUCAAAUUCUCGAGUCAACAUGAAUAGGGUGAUGGCACAACUCUAUAAAUCCGAAGCAUUUAGAUGGGAGGAGUUGAACGCCGAAGCAAAAAAGAAAGCGGUAGUGAUCGGAGAAGAAAGAGUAUGCCCUGUGUGUCACAAGCGUCUAGGCAAGAGUGUUAUCAGCGUCUUCCCCGACGGACAUGUGGUACAUUAUGGCUGCGCAAGUCGAUUAGCAGGGAAUAAAGGAAUGGAGGCGAAAGAAGAGCCCGUUGAUUUAGGGCUACGAAGAGGGUUUGGUACAGAUCGAUGGGGCUCCCCAACAGCGAAUACGGGAAGCUGGCGGUAA